CACAGUCGUUCGCUUCGCACAUGCGCACUGUCCUUUUCUCGUCCGGUUGAGGAUCGACUAGCAUCGAAAGACUGAUCAACAUGCAGCUGUUUGUGCGUGCUCAGAAUCUGCACACCCUCGAGGUGUCCGGAAACGAGACUGUCCACGACAUCAAGACUCAUGUUCAGACUCUGGAGGGUCUGUCGGUGGAGGAUCAGGUUCUUCUGCUGUCUGGAGCUCCACUAGAGGAUGAUGUCACUCUGUUGAACUGUGGCGUCACUGAACACUGCACACUGGAGGUCGCUGGCAGACUGUUGGGAGGUAAAGUCCACGGAUCUCUGGCUCGUGCCGGUAAAGUGAGAGGACAGACACCCAAAGUUGAUAAACAGGAGAAGAAGAAAAAGAAGACUGGCCGCGCUAAGCGUCGUAUCCAGUACAACAGACGCUUCGUCAAUGUGGUGCCCACCUUCGGCAAGAAAAAGGGUCCCAAUGCCAACUCUUAAAGUAUCUGGAGAAAUCACAUUCAUAAUAAACAUUCUGCUUUGAACUGCAUUGUGUCUGAAUUUCAGUGGAUGCAAUUUUUUAUUUCAGAUGUCUAGUUAAUUUCAUAGAUUGUUUGAACCAGUUUAUGAAAAUAAAAACUGAUUAAACCUCAAA